AUGCUUUUAGGAGGUCUCACUUUUAUUUUGUUUCAAAUCAUCAGAUCUUAAAUUUGCUAAGAUGCUGAUGAUGCUGAAUAUGAAGAGAUUUCAAUAUCUUUGUCAAAUUAAGAAAUAGUUUAACUUUCUUAUAAUGAACUCAAUUACCCUUUUGCUUCGCUCAUCAUUUGUUCUGAUGUUGAAAAUGUUGUUCAAGUUGUAGGCAUGAAAAAAACUUAGUAUAUACAACUUUUUUAGGUAGGCUUAUAGAAAGUUCUGUUUUUGUAACAAUAUAAAACCACAAAAAGCAGAAUGCCUCGAUAAUCAUCAUUGAUCAUUGGUUUAGAGUAGGUUAUGAUAUUGGUGAGGUUCUAUUGGGAUAAAGAACCUGAAUUUUAUACUUUAUAAACUGUUUUAUAAGAUAAUAAAUACUAACUUUUAUUGAUGGAUACUUAUAUUAUGAUAAAUUACAAUAGGGAAAUAAUUCUAUGGGAUAUUAAUUCAAAGCCAGUGAGAUUUGGUUCGAAAGAUUUGGCAUGUCCCUCUCCUGAUUAAUUAGCCUAAUUAAACAACACCGCUUUCAGCAAUAAUUAUAAUUCGAUAUAUUUCCAUACUGAUUUGUAAAGGAAUAAUUUAUGCACUCGUGAAAGGGUUGAUUAUAAGUGUAAAGACCAAGCAUUGGAAAUUGAACAGGAAGUUUCACUAUUGCAAGUAUAUCAAGAUCAAUAGCUGACAUUCAGUAGUGAUAACAAAUUAAUCUCAUAUGAUUUAAAGACAAUGAGUAGUGAAUGCCACUCCUUUGAUGAGAAUAUCUUAUCUUAUGAUUACGAUUUGAAAACAAAGUCCUUCGUAACAGUCCAUUCUAAAUAAAUACAAUAUGGUAGUGAAACAUAUGAAAUAAAUCUUGAGAAGAGCCAUGAUACACAAGUAUUCUUGACAAAAAGCUUUAUCAUUUUGCGGGAUGGAUUAGAGAUCACACUCUUUACAAAAAAGCUUCGAAUCAUUAGUACUCAAAAGUUCGAGAUCUCAUUUUAAAUCAUUGCCAAUCAAUUGUAAGAUCAAUUUAUUCUGGUCUAUUUUACUCAUUAUGUAAAGUAUUUGAUUUAUGAAACCCCUUUCUUUGAAAUUAAUAGAAAAAAAAGUAACUAAGACACCUUGAUGUUUAAUCUUUAAGUCAAAGAUAGUUUCAAACACAUACAAUUACUAAUUUCAUCAGAUUACGACAACCAUGUUAAUACUCUUAAUAUCAGUCGAACUGUAGCGGUCUCAACUAUAUUUCAAGGCAAUUUACUCUUAUUUCAAAAAUGCCAGUAUGAUGAACUCCUCAUGGGAAUGUAGGAAUUUAAUCAAUAUAAUAAAUUGUCAAUUAUUUUUUCUUAUCAAGUAAGAGUAUUCGAUUUAGAUAGUUUUAAAAUUAUUUUUGCCUUUUCAAGAUCCUUUAUCUUUUUGGGAUUGAUCGAAAAUGGCAAUUUGAAAAUAUUUAAAAAGUAAUCAAUAUAAGAUGAAAUCAUCAAUAGAUACAAUACGGCAUUUCAAAUCCAAGAUGAUAAGAUUAAUUAUGUUCAUUGUACAUAAGUUUCCUGUUACUUAUAUCUGGAUAUCAUGAAUACCUAUGAUUAAAAAAGACUGAGAAAGAUUUAGGGCGAUCAAAUGGAAAAGGUUGUUGUUGUGUCUGAUAACAAUCACUUCUAUUUACUAAUAUCCAAAGAGGUAUCGUUUUAUAACAUAACUGGAAAAGAGAUAAGUAAACCAGAAGAAUUGGACGCAAAAGACGUCUUGGAUAUUUUUGCAUCUCCAAAAAAAAAGGAUUUUGUGUUUGUCCUAACACAAACUGGUGAUUUAUGCCUGUAUAGCAUAUCCUUCCCAUUCUAGGAUUUGAUCAGCUCUUUUUCUCUAAAAUAAGUUAAAAUACUUGAGUUUGUCAUUUUUGAGCAUUAUUUUCUAAUUUUCACCACUGAUUCUAAGUAAAAAAUCAUUUGCAAUGUUUAUAAUUACAAAAAUGAAUUAGAUAUCUUUCUGUAAAGAAAAUUACCAUUGUUCUUUUUUAAAGAGAUUGAUUUUGACAACCUGCAAGUUGAUUAUGACAAAAAUAUUCUUUACAUCAAAGGGGAAUUAAUAUCAUCAAAUGAGCAUGUUAUAGUAGCAUAUAGAAUCGAUACAAGAGUCGAGUUAUCUAUAUAAUUCAUUUCAAAAUUGAAAACUCAGGUUGGCUUUGUAUUGCCGAUUUCAAAUACUAUGACUUUGAGAUUUGAAAAUAAAUUCAACUUCACCUCAAUUUAUCAAAACGGAGACUUAAGGACAACCUGUCUGAUUGAUAAAUUUCCUAAUGAGAACGAUGAUUUGGAAGAUGAUGAUGAGGACUCCUCCUCUGAUUCAGAUAGUGAUUCAGACAAAGAUGAUACAUUAUCUCUGGAUGAGAGUUAUAAAUUUUCUUCCAGUUCCUUCAUCAGCAUAUCCUCUGCUGGCGAACUGCUAAUUCUAGGAAUGCAAUCUGUCUAUGGCAGAAGAAGACCUUAAAACAUUGAUAUUUUUUAACCUCUCUGA